AAUGAUUGCAACUAUGGUUGGUUGCAGAAGGCCAUAGCCAGCCAGAACCCCAAGCUGGCGAAGGGCCAGCGGAUGGAGCUGAAGGGAUCUAAGGGCCACGACAUGACAUUCAAGCGCUACCACAGGUAUUCAGAUAUGCUGCGGUACCUAGAGCACCUGGCUGCAGCGCACUCAGACGUGGUGGAAGUGAUUACCAUCGGCAAGUCGAGCCAGGGGAGGCCGUUGAAGGUGGUGAAGGUGUCUUCUGGAGGACCACACACCAAGAGUGGUGCCCUCAAGGCAGCUGUCUGGAUAGAUGGAGGGAUGCACGGACGGGAGUGGAUCGCACCGGCCACGGUCCUGUUCGUGCUGAAGCAACUGGUGGAGAACUACAAGACGAACCGGCGGCUGGUUGACGAGGCGGACUGGUACCUGAUGCCGGUCGUCAACCCCGACGGCUACGAGUACACGCACUCCACGGACCGCCUCUGGAGGAAGACCCGCUCCAGCCACGACUCCGGGGGCUUCCUGUCGCGCACCCUGUCCAGCUUCCUGUUCGGGUCCUGCGAGGGUGUCGACCUCAACCGCAACUUCGACUACCACUGGGGCGAGGCGGGCGCCUCCGACGACCCGUGCGCCGACACGUACGCCGGCCCGCGCGCCUUCUCCGAGCCCGAGUCGACGGCCGUGGCGCAGUUCCUGCUGGACCACAAGGACCGCGUGCGGCUCUACCUCAGCCUGCACUCGUACGCGCAGAUGUGGCUGAUGCCGUGGGGGUUCACCGGCCGGCAGCCCGCCGACCACGGCGACCUGUACGCGCUGGGGCGCCGCGCUGUGUCGGCGCUGUCCAGCGUCGCCGGCACCGACUACAAGCUCGGCUCCACGCAGACCAUGCUCUACCCCACCUCUGGAGGCUCGGAGGACUGGGCCAAGGGCGUGGCUGGCAUCAAGUACGCCUACACGGUGGAGCUGCCUGACCAGGGCGAGCACGGCUUCAUGCUGCCCGCCUCCAGGAUCCUCCCCACCGGCAAGGAGACCUUCGCCGCCAUUAGGGCCCUGGCCAGGGCCGUGGUCUGCAAGUCCUAGCCUCGCCAGAAAGAGCACAUUGUCAUGCUGCCCGCCUCCAGGAUCCUUCCCACCGGCAAGAUCUUCGCCGCCAUCAAUCCUCUACGCUUUGGUUUUUCCCAAUUCAUAAUUCAUCAACAAGACUUAACGUGAACCAAUUUAUGAGCAUGAACAAAUGAAUUAUAUUUUUUAAUGUCUCAUCGAAAGUGGUUUCAUUUGAGACGAUAGAGAGCGAUGACAUGUAGAACAUUGAUGGAAUGUGUGAAAACCCACUCUCAUAUCGCUCAACAAAUUUACAACUUGCCAAAAAUUACGGUGUAGCCCUUCUGGGAAUCAAACCCAGAUCGCCUUAGUAGGAGUGAGGCAACAGAUCUGAACAACUGAGUACAGUGGUCCUUAUGACAGGAGUAAUAUAUGAAACCAAUAAAAGAAGCACAGUGAACCAGUAACAGGAAUUCACCAACUAGACGAAAGUCUGAAUAAAUGUGUGUCUCACAUCGAAAGAAAAAAAAAUUCACAGAGCAAUUGUUUUCUCACGAAUAACCAAGAGCACACGAAGAACAACAGAAGUCUUUGACAUUGCCCUUUCCAUCCAUGUGCUGGUGUUUGGAACUUCGGUUUUGCUUUGUUGGUUAAAAUUAAACAAUAAAAUGGAGUGGAGUGAACCAGUAUUAAUGAAGGUUACUAAGGGUGGUAUUAAAAGAUGAUUGGGUAAGCAAUGCCAUCAGGAGUUCUGACUACCAGCAGCCACCCAAACUUCUUUUGCUCUGGCCAAGACAACCACUCGUCUCGACCAUUGCUGGAAGGCUGAAACUGCAUUGAUGUCAUAAGCCAAAUGCAAUUCUGUUUGGCAAAAGUCUUUGUUUGUAAGGACCCAAACGAAGAAUCAAUGACCGAAUUCAUACAUUCAGGUAUCCCAUGGACAGUGAACAUGUCCCUUAAUUCUUGAACUGCAGGUCAUGGUGUCUACCGAAAUAGAGUUUUGAUUCCCGGCUUUUUCCAGGAUAAAUCUUUUUUUGUUUUCCUGAUUAUUUGUACGGGAAAUUUGUCUCAGAGAUGUAUACGGGAGGAGGGGAGGAGGUCAAACCCCUCCCUCCCAGAAUUUAAAAAGAAGAAAAAGAAAGGAAACAGAAUUAGAAAAUACCAGCAAAGAUAUAAUUUUGGAAGUAUGUAUUAUUGUAAUCCUUACUGGGCUAAAAUAAUGUAUUUCAUCCGUAUUACAGCCCUCAUACACAGAAAUGGCAGAAAUAGUUUCCCAAGUACACUCUAUAUUUAAUGCUAGUUUACAUAUGUGUUACUGUAAAUAUGACUUUCAUACAAACUUGAAAUGUGUGUUUCGUGUAUUUAUAAAUGUGCGUGUGUGUUUAUGAUUUUUCUUAACAAAUUCUAACAAUUGACUUAAUAACACAGUAUUAAAACCAAUAAAAAUAAACAAAAUAUAAAAAUUUUUCUCAAGAAAUAUCAUUACUUAAAAUUUCUAUGUGAAAACAUUGAGAGUACUAAAUGUCUCCAUUCCCUGAAAAUUUUUGUGUGGCAAUUUUCUCUUUAAAAUUCCUAAAAUAGACAACGGGCGACCCGCUGAAAAAUCAAAAUGCAAGGGUGGACAAGAUACUGCGUUAUAAACUUGACUGAGAAAACUGCGGGAAUAAAAGCCUUGAUCGUAUAUGGACGCAUCCUGGCCAGUUCAUUCUCUUAAAUUUUUUGUUUCCAUGAUUUCACAAUGAUACAAUGUGCAUUGGAAGUAACCACCACAAGGAAUGAACUGAAUAGUUAGCAAACCCAAUUGUAAUGUUAAGACACCAAGUCAACAUGGUUAUUUGUGGUUUACAUUUAAUUUUUGUAAAAAAAAAAAAAAAUAUUUCUUAAUUUGUGAUAUUAUAAUUGUUAAAAUAUUCUCUUUUGGAUUAUUUUAAAGAUUGAGUAAAUUAGUAGGCAGUUUAUUUACACAAGC